AUGGAUCAGCAUCAGAGCUUGAAUACUGGUGUUGAAGUUGGUGCUGUGUGUGAUCUGGAAAAGCGUAUCCAAAUGGGCCUUGAACACAGAUGCUGGCAAGUUGGAAAACGGAAAUGCUCUGUUGAGACCAGUCAAAAUGGCAGCAAACAUCUUACUGUUGCGCUCUUCCAAGGCCUCCUCCUCGGUUUUGUCCAUCUUGACCGACUUUCCACCCUUCUUACCGCGCUUGAAAUUUCUCUUACGUCUACCAUCCUUUUGAUGCUCCGCUUCCUUCAUCUUCGUGGUGUUAGUGCUGUCAGUCUCGACCAACAGCUUCUCAAACAAUUUGAAAUAAGCGUCCAUCAGCUUGUUGGCAAGCUUGUCUUCCUUUCUGGUGAGGAUGGUCUGGUUCAAUGUCAGCGUGGAGUAGUAGAUGGCAUGGUGGUCGUUGUUCUUUCUGAACAAAACGUCAAAGAUACUGUCAACCACAAUCUCCUUCAUUGCAGGGUGUUCCUGUUGCAAGAGCAAAACAUGGUAAGAGGUCUUGGAAGCGACCUUGUUGUCCUGAUCACCAAGCUUGUUCACACCAAUACGCAGCAAGUUGGCCUCCUGUUCUGGCUUGGCCUUGAGCAAAGAAAACACAUAGCCAAUCACCUUGGUACGAACGUGCACAAUGCUGUCUUGGAGAAGUUUCUCCAAAGUUCCAAUGAAUUGGAAGUACUUCUUUUUCAAGUAGUCUUCAAAGUAGAACACGAUCAGCUCUUUUGGACUGGAAUUUCUGGUCAAUGGUUGUUUGUUGAAAUAAAGCAGCUUUCUGUCGGCAGGAAGAACACCGUUCACAAACAAAUCGGCCAAUGCCUCAAUACACUGAAGAGCAGCAGUACGAGAUUUCUUGUCGCACAUGGCGAACAUGGUCUCCAAAGCUUUGUGGUUGUGCAAGGGGGAUUCUUGGAUCAAAAGAGUGAGCGCAGAGAUCUUAUCGUUCAAAGUACCGCCAGUCAACACUUGCGAAAGGAAUCGUUUUUGCGAGGACGAUUUGUUGAACUCCUGCAUGUACGUUUCCUGCUCCUGUCCAAAUAG